UGCAAACUGUCAAAAUUACAAGUCACAAAAUGUAUUAACAAAAAUGCGCCCUUUUAUUCAAACAUCAAAAUUAUGCAGUAUUAUACGACAUACUAAAACAUGGCAAAGGACGAUUUGGGGAAGAAAACGCAAGAAACCUGAGGAAAAACCUUUCUUAAUUGUACCAGCGCACCGCCAAGAAUACCCGUGCAUCGUCGAAAUGAUGUGGACAUACUAUUAUCCGAAUGAACCUACGAUUUCAUCUCUGGGCCUCGGUCACACACAUAAUCCCUUCCUCGACGAAGAAGCUUUAAGUAUAUUAAGGGAAGGUUAUUCAUUUGUGGCAAAGUGCAAGUAUACAGGUGAGAUCGUUGGAGCGAGCUUAAAUAGUUCAAGUUGCCCUUGGAACCCUGAUGAAAUGGACGCAAAGGCUAAAACGAUAAAGGAUUCCAAAUUAAGAGAUCUUUACCAUUUCUACGCUCAUAUGACUCGAGCACCAUUAUUGUGGCAGAAGUUUUGCACAAAUAAAAUAUUUUUGAUUAAUAUGGUUUUUGUUCGACAUCAGGAUAGAAAUAGAGGAGUUAGUACGAACCUUUUGGAUACGUCGCGGAAAUUUGGAGCCGACUGUGGUUAUAGCGUAAUCCGUUGUAAUGCGACCAAUAUUUACACCGCGAAGAUAUGCGAAAACUUAAAAAUGAAGCUGGUUCACAGUAUUCCCUAUUGCAGCUAUAUAGGAUCAAAUCCAGCACAGACACCUUUGAUUAGAGCACCUCCUCCGCACACGGAGCUUCGUGUAUAUGUCGAUCUUCCCCUUUUCCAAUACAAGUGAAUGUGUCCCAAACAGUCUUAUUUUCUUAAAUUUUCAAAUGCAAACAAGGAUUGCAACCCCCGCAUGAUCUUAAUUAGAACGUAGCGAAAGGAAACGAUCUGGCGGCAUUUGAUGGGAUUAUAAAUAAACACAUAGCAAUAAUUGUCACCUCGGGUAAUAGUAUCCUGAAAACUAUUGUCAACGUGAACGCUAAUUUCCAUAAAUUAAAGUGGUAAUGUCACGUAUAGUUAAGAUAGGGAUUUUAACGUUGUCCGCCGGAAUAACUAAUGUGUAUUAAGUACGCUUGAUUGUGUAAUCCCAUUGUAUUCGGGGGAAUUGUUUGCAUUACAUAAAAGUGGAAAUUGA